CGCCGUGGUGGAGCCGUUGCCCUAUCUGUCAGUCACUGACCGCUACAAGGACCAGUACCCGACGUAAUCACGGUGUCAUUCGAGGUUCCGAUUCUUAAAAUUACACGCCUCUGGCUGAUGUUGACCAAUCUCGGCGUGGAUGCUUACUAUAUCCAGCGGUGAUUCUGUGGCAAGCAAAACGCCCCGACGCUUGUUGGAGUGCCGCCAUGAGGCAAUGAGAGCAGGUCAACGCCUCAUGGCCUUACCAUCAAGGCUUGUCCCUCUUCCUGUGAAACUGACUAGUCCUAGGCCAGCUCUGUCUGUGUUGAGCCUAUAAAAUCCUACGUUUCGUCCUCUCACUCGGGCACAUUAUCACACAUGAUCGAUUCAUGUUUUGCCUCUUAACCUUUCGGCAAAUUGGUAUUAUCCAGACUUUCGGGUCAACGCAGACUGGUCCGGCAGUAUUAUCCACGAGAAACCACAAUGGAUUUGGGACGUGUGCUCGGCUCGACGGGCAAGCAGCUACUGGAUAGGGCACAAACUAGCCUCAUAUCCUUGGGUACGGCUGCGGUUCCUGUCGGCCUAGUCAGGAAUCUAGUCCUAUCAAUUCUAUCUAAUAUAAGAGUUGGGACCCUGGAGAUUUACUCUCACGACGGAGAAAAGUGGAGAUCCGGUCAAGGGAACGGAGGACACAAAGGUGUCAUACAUGUCCACAGGGAUACGUUCUGGUUCCGAGUCCUUGUAUCGGCAGACCUUGGCUUUGCCGAUUCCUUCAUGUUAGAAGAGUUCUCGACGCCAGACCUGAUGGCACUGAUGGAGCUCUUCAUCGAAAACGAACAGCACCUGUCCAACCUCAGUACCACCCCAUAUCGAUUUGUGGCUGCCAUCUCGGAUGUGCUCUUCCGCACCGUCGACACGGGCACCCUCAAGAACGCCAGUCUGAACAUGGUCGCCGCGUACGACCUCUCCAACGGGAUGUUCGAGGCGUUCCUCUCCCCGGACAUGAGCUACUCCUGUCCGAUCUGGCUGGCCCGGUCGCAUCCGCAGUACGCCAGCGACACCCUGGAAGCCGCGCAGAUGCGCAAGCUGGACCAGCUGCUGGCGAACGUGCAUGCGCAGCCCACGGAUCACAUCCUGGAGUUCGGGACGGGAUGGGGCAGCAUGGCGAUCCGCGCGGCGACAACGAUCGGCUGCCGCGUGACGACCUGCACACUCUCCGAAAUGCAGUACCAGCGGGCGCAAAAGCGCGUGCGCGCCCUGGGGCUCGAGGAGAAGGUCACGGUGCUGCUGUGUGACUAUCGCCUGUUGCCGGUGCCGGAGGUGCCCUACGACAAGAUCGUCGCCGUGGAGAUGAUGGAGGCGAUGGGCGACCAUGAGUUGCAGACGUUCUGGGAGACCGUCGAUAGGUUCCUCAAGCCGGAGGGCGGGAUUGUCUCGAUCCAGUCGAGUAUCAUGCCCGAGUCGAGAUAUAAGAAUAUGUUUCCUAAGGGAGAGGGGUUCAUUCGUCGAUAUAUCUUCCCCGGAGGCCACUGCCCCAGCGUCACCAGACUGUUGGAAGCAGUCCAAAGUUCCAACGCCCGACUCGAUCUGGAAUCCGUGCAGCAAUACGGCGCCCACUAUGUGAGAUGUCUCAACGAAUGGAGUAACAAGUUCCAGCACAAUUUUCGGGGCAUCAUUGCCCCCCUCGUGCGAGAAAAGUACAACCUGUCGGAAAGCGACGUGGAGGUCUUUUACCGGAAAUAUAUCUAUUACUUUACGUAUGCAGCGGCUGCAUUCGAUACGAAGGUUUUGCACCUUUCCCAAGUCACUUUCAGCCGGCCUGGCAACUUGGCGAUGUUGGCAGAGGCUUAGAUGGGCUUGUUAUUUCUCUUGGUUUACUUUGA